CGGGAAUGUUUUAAUAAGACGAGACUUAGGAAUCCACGCUUACAGCGGGAGUUGGUUUCGAGGAGGCUGGUAGCGGGGAACAUAGCCAUCAGUUCACACCGGUCUUUCAGUUCGAACUAACGGAACAAGAUACGAACAGUUUGCCCAAAAAUAAAAACUAUUUUACGAGUGCCGGUGCAGAUCAGCGUCUGACUGUGCGUUUUUGAACGAAUUUGAAUUAGAUUUUUGCUAGCGCGCGAAUUUUAAUGCACUUACCAACGGGGAUACAGAUGUGGACGGAACCAGAACCUGAAGGGAGUUUAACAUCUAUAUCUGGUGAUGAUAGUUCAUCGGACACGGGAAAGUGUUCGCGUGUGGACAGGAAAUACAAGCGCAGGGAGAAGAACAGAGCUGCUGCCCAGAAGAGCAGAAAGAAGCAGACAGAGCGAGCAGAUGCACUACACCAGGAACUGCAGUCACUGGAGCGCUCAAACACGGCGUAUGAAAAGGAAAUAGCCUUUCUUCGGCUGGAGAUAGAGCGCUACGACUCCGCCCUCAAACAGCACGAGCCUCACUGCUGCAUCUUCACCUUCUCCAGCCCAAAGACAUUGCUGAGUGCCCCGUCCCCUGCCCCGGCCCCCACCCCCUCGCCUGCGGCUGCCCCCCCUACAGGGUUUGCCCUCCCAGAUCUCCUGGACUCUGCUGAAUGGCCUCAGCUUUGGGACACUGUUUGGUAGAGAGAGAUAGACGGGUAUGGGUUAUGUUGUUUGCGGAGUGAAUUAUUUAUGAAACAUCGAGCCCAGUGUCAUGCCCUAGUGUGACAUAAACCCAUUUGGGUUAAUAAAUAGAAAGGUAGCUUUCACAAUAUGCUCGGAGUUCUUGUGAAAUAUACAUGCAUUUUGACAAAGGAAAAUUCCCCCAUGUCCCAUGCAAAACCGAGGUUUCAAAAUGAAGAAGCACAGGACUUUGGAAGCUCAAACAGCUUAAACAAGCUUUUUAACAACUAGUAUUAUCUUCACCUAAAGUGGGAAUCACCUUUAUAAAAGGAGUUCAGCCAGUUCCAAGUAAUGUGUAACACAUACAACAAAUGUAUAUGUAUUUAUACAUAUAUAGCACACUUGAGAAUGAUACUGGGUUGGUAAUAUACUGUAUGUACACUACCUGUUAAAUAUUUUAUAUUCACUGUAUUGUUUUAUCCUGGGCUGGCCCAGUGUGGCAUUAAAAUAGAUGACAAACUGCCCCUAGCUUGGGGUUGGUGUAUGGGAUCUUGGAGAUGGGGAGCAAAAUAAGCUUUCAUUCAAGUUAAAAACACACAUUGUCUGUUUGUAUUCAUGUUAUUCAAGUCAUUUUUUGGAAAAUAGUAUUUUGUGUUGAAAUAUUUCAUAAUGUUAUGCAUAUAUGAAUUCGUAUUUGGCAAGUACUUAAUACUAUUGAAUACUUCAGGAUGGCUGCUUUUGAUUUGCCCAUGGUGGUAAAUUUUUGACAUGACGAAACCAUGAAUAAACCGUGCAACCAAUGACAGGACACAUGUUGGCAAUACAUAUCAGCGUAUAAUUUUCACAUUAAACACAACAUAUUCUACUAUGUAUGAAUAGGGCCCAUGCCAAUAUAUAUUUGGCCAUGCUUUGUGAUGUUUAAAUUUUUUGUUGGAAAUUGGGAUAUCUAAUUUUUAAAAUCACUAUUUCUCAAACUUAAUGUACCAUUAUACAUGGUUUGCAAUUAGUAUUUUCUGUUAAGUAUUCAAUAAAAAUUGGUUACUCCACAAGCACCAGCACCAACCUUGUUCCUGGAGAUCUACCGUCCACUCCGACCCUAACAAAAUACACGUCAUUCAACAACUGGAGAUCUUUGUUGAACUACUAAGUAGUUGUCAGGUGUUCCGAAUUUAGGUUGAAAUGAAUACCUACAGGAUGGUAGAUCUCCAGGAACAGGGUUGAAAUUCAGCAAACUUCACUCUUUUCAUCAUUCAGAUUCAGAUUUGCCCGCCAGGUGAACCCAAUAGGUGACAGAUGUCACCACCUUCCAGCCUUGUUUGGGAAUGCUGACUGACUGACUGAAAAUAUAUUUAGAAUGUUCUUACAAACACUUAUACUACCUCUGCAGCCUUCCCUUCCAUUCAACCAUUUUUGGCAGGAAAAGCAGUAUAAACUCAGUCACACAUCUUUGUGCAUUCUGUCCAAUCAGUUAGAAGAAUGAUACUUUUUCAACUGAAUCAGUUGUCACCACCCAUGUGUACUAAGACUUUACAUUGGGUUGCUCAACAGAUUUAUAAAUGAAUGAAAUAAUAUGCGAAGGAUACUGGCUUUUCAAAUAUUCCACAAUGGUUCUGGUCAAAUAUUCCACAAUUCCAUAAAAAAUAACAUGGGGUAUAACCCCAUAAAGCCCUGUGUUAUUGAGAUCUGCAAAGGGACUGUGCUCCCCCUAGCAUCCUUCUCAAAAUUGAAUUUGUGCUCAUAUGUGGUUGAUAAUGUUGACUGCAGCAGUUCAUUAUCUUCAACUUAAUUGGCCAACCACUUGUCACUGCUACACUAGACCUUAUGCCAGUACAUAAAUAUGUUAUAUAUAUUCAGUUUUGUUUCAUAGACACAAAGAAGACAGUGGUAAUAUACUGUUAAUGGGCCUUUUUAUUACUAUCUUUAUUUAAAAGUCAUAAGACUACUUAAUUUUUUUCACUUUGAGGUAUUUAAAUCUUUUGGUAUUUCUUUUGAUUCAUUGUUAGUUUUGUUCAUUUUCUGUUUAGUUUCUUUUUGUCAUUGUUCAAAAGUGCAAUAAAAUGUUUUUACAUGCAA